CUGCGAUUUCUAUCUCCUACGACCACUCGUUUCUCCUCUUUACCACCAUCCAUUUCCCCAAGGAUGCGUCCUCUCUCUGUAAACUCCCUAAAUCCCGCCAUUCUCAACGUGCAAUAUGCAGUUCGCGGUGAGCUUGCCAUUAAAGCUGAAGAGCACCGCAACAGCCUCAAGCAGCCCAACCAUGGUCUGCCAUUCAACAAGGUGAUUUCGUCGAAUAUCGGAAACCCUCAACAGAAAGGACUGGAUCAACCACCCAUCACGUUCACGAGGCAGGUGGCUGCUCUCAUGGAAUACCCAGCUCUCGCAGAGCUUGCCCCCAAUGCAUUUCCUCAAGACGUAAUUGCUCGUGCAAAGGAGUUGUACGAAGAAAUCGGUUCCAUCGGUGCUUACUCUCACAGCCAAGGUGUUCCCCUUAUUCGCCAAAGCGUUGCAAAUUUCAUCGCAGAGCGCGAUGGAUACCCAUCGGACCCAGCACACAUCUUCCUCACUGGGGGCGCUUCAGCUGGUGUAUCACUCCUCAUAUCGAUGCUUAUCUCUUCCCCGAAUUCAGGCAUCUUGAUUCCCAUCCCUCAAUAUCCACUAUAUACCGCCACUCUAGCGCAACACCAUGGUACCGCAGUCCCUUACCAUCUCGAUGAGUCAUCCGAUUGGUCAACUUCGGUAGCCGAAAUCGAGGCUGCACUCGAAAAGGCCAAAAAGGAUGGCAUUGAGACCAAAGCUCUCGUUAUCAUCAACCCUGGCAACCCCACCGGUGCACUUCUUGAUGAAGCCACUCAAGAAAAGCUCAUCCACCUCUGCGAGAAACAUUCUCUCGUUCUCCUUGCAGACGAAGUAUACCAGACCAACCUCCACCAUCCUGAUACCCACCCCUUCACAUCGUUCAAGAAGCUUGUAUGCAAGCUCAACUCGCCCAUUGCUCUUGUAUCGUUCCACUCUAUCUCUAAAGGGGUGUCAGGCGAAUGUGGUAGAAGAGGAGGUUAUUUCGAGUGCACCAACAUCUCUGACGAGAUAAUGGCCUUGAUCUACAAAAUGGUGUCCGUCGGUCUGUGCCCGCCGCUUAGUGGCCAGAUCGGUGUGGAUACUAUGGUGAGGCCACCUAAACCCGGUGAUGAGAGCUAUGCCCUCUGGAAGCAGGAAACCGAUACGACACACAAAGUACUUGCACAGCGCACUCAGGUGAUGGCGGAGCGGCUCAACAAGCUUCCCGGUGUGUCCUGUGUUGACUCACCUGGCGCCUUGUACCUCUAUCCCAAGAUUGAUUUGUCGGACAAGGCGAUCGCUGCGGCUAAGAAAGCCGGGAAAGAGCCAGAUGCCUUCUAUGCCUUGGCAUUGCUCGACCAGACGGGUAUCUGUGUUGUUCCUGGGUCUGGAUUUGGUCAGAAACAAGGGGAGUUCCAUUAUCGUCUCACUUGUUUGUGUCCCGGAGUGGAAGAGUAUGUUGGCGCAUUGGAGAAGUUCCAUCUGGAUUUCUCGAAGAAGUAUUAAUAUUCCUUCCUUCUGCCAUAUAUCUGAAUCUUGUUGAUUAUCUGUUGUGCACCUGGCUGUAACGUCGCUAUUGAUAUCUUGAUUUUGGAUUAGAUUUCAUUUGUGCUUGGUAUAAAAUAAACCCUAACCUCGUUUUUAGGUCAUAAGACUUGAAACCCUAAAGUUUGAUUCCG